AUGACUUUAACAACGAACAAAUACGAAGAAAUCCUUUUAGAUAUAACUGUGCAUAUUAUCGAACGAAUUUGGCCGACAAUCCAAAAACGUGCUCUUCGAGCUUUCAUUCGGCAAAUUCUUCAAGAGUCUAAAUUUACUUUUUUCACGCUCGAAUACGCACUUCAGUAUAUUCUUCGCAUUGAAGAAAGAGUUCAAUCUACUUGCAACGAAAACGAAAACGAUCCAACAACGUAUGCUUCUUUCGCACCUCUCCUAUUCAAAGAAUUAGAACGUGAAGAUAUAAUUGGUGGCUUAAAAUUCAAACCUGGGACAAUGUUUUGCUCAAAUCAACAAGGAAUACACUUAAGCACGCGAUACUGGAAAGAUCCCGAAAAAUUUAUCCCGGAGCGAUUUAUAAAAGGUAGCGAAUUCGAGGCAAAAAAUCUCGAAAAGAAUGCAUAUAUUGCAUUUGGUAGUGGUCUUCGUAUAUGUCCCGGAAGAUAUGUCGCUAUGGCAGAAUUGAAAGUUUUAAUAGUGUUGCUGUUCGGCAGAUAUGAUGUUCAAUUGGUGGAUCCAAAAUUAAACGAAGAGUUAGAAGCCGCUGCUAAGCAGCCAGAAUUGAAAUUAGUGGGUAAAUUAAUCCUCUUGGCAUCGAAAUGGCGAUUCAUUUCUGUUCGGGAACAAUGCCGCUUGCAAGGAUUCCCCGAUGAUUAUGAAAUCCUCGGAGGAAGCAUUAAAUCGAUGUAUAAGCAAGUGGGUAACGCUGUUCCGCCGCCGCUAUUGGCGGCAGCUCUAUUAAAAGAAGUAAAACAUUUUAAAAUUCAUCAACCGUUACUGAAAUCAUGA